AUGGAAUCUGUGAUCUCCCUGUUAGGAGAUUGGAACUCCUUCAAUGGAGGAAAUAUCACUGAGGAGGCAUAUUUUAUGGCACAAUUGCUUGAUAAUUUUCCGCUUCCAUAUGAUCCACAGAACGCUUCUUCUCCAUUAUGGCCACACCUGAGCCUUGAUGGGGUUGAUGAAACUUGGGUUUAUUUGUCAGAUGACACAAAUAGCAGCCUACAUUAUCCUUCACAAAACCAUAAUUCUUCCUAUGGAAGUAGGGAUCUAUUUCCCACUCUAAGUGAUCCCACUAAAGAUAAUGAAUUAUCUGCAAGUUCUAUGAAACGUUCUAGUAGCAUGGCUGAUGUUUUUGAGAACAAGGAUAAGAUUAAGUGUAGAAAGAGUAAGAAGCUUGUUUCUACAAGUAACGAAGAUGUAGACAUUUCUGGGCAAUUUAUGAAAAUAUAUAGAGCUGAUGAAGAUCCAAAAGAGGCUGAAAUUUUGAGCUCAAAUAGCAAGACAAAAGCAAGUAGGGGGUCAGCAACUGAUCCACAAAGUGUCUAUGCACGGAAAAGAAGAGAAAGAAUUAACGAACGUUUAAGAAUAUUACAAAAUCUUGUUCCUAAUGGUACAAAGGUUGAUAUAAGCACAAUGCUUGAAGAGGCUGUUGAGUACGUGAAGUUUUUGCAGCUUCAAAUCAAGCUGUUGAGCUCCGAUGAUCUGUGGAUGUAUGCUCCGAUUGCAUACAAUGGAAUGGACAUUGGGCUUCAUUCAACAACCAUCCCAUCAUCGUCACCAAGAUAA